AGUGCAUGUGCGUUCAUUUCCUCCGCGUGUUUCAGGGAAUGGCUACACACGGACGAAGUCGCUCCGCUGGUGGUUCCGCACCGCAUGAGCGUCGUCACCGGCAAGGGAAACGAGUCGGGGAGGUGGCGGUGGGGAGGAAGACCGAAGGGMUCAAAACUUGUGGACGGCUCCGACCCAUUGAAACCACCGUGUGGGCCGCUCUUGUUCCUCGCCGUUCGCGCCGAUAUCGAGUGGGUCGACGAAGGCGAAUACAAUUUCAAGUUUACGUUGCGGAAGCUUUAUAGAUGUGAUGGUUCCGUCGACGACAUCGCAAAAGGAUGCAMGGUUGCCGGGAGGAUGUUCGGCGGGUAUGGCCAGCGUGCGAUGUCUUUGUCGUCCUUUGUCCCGCUAGCGCCGGGGCACGACGAGGCCGUUCACGUGACAGACUUCCUCGAGGUUUGGGCGAGAUCAGGUACCUCUGUCAGUGCUGUGGACGUCGGACCURGGACAUCGAUCAGUGGUCCUGUUGGGUUCGCGGGGGGAGAGUGCUCUGAAAGGAGRAUGGGAGCUCAGGGUGGCCUGCCAGCUACGCCUCCCGAUCAAGAGGUGGGCAUGUCAGACGACUCGGARGGCGACCAUCUGCGUGCUCCUUUGAAACCGGGCUUACAGGGAUCUCGCCUCCAAGGUUUGCUUGGGGAGUCGACGCCACGUGGAGGCGGCGUUGGCGAACGGUUGCAACAGGGCUCAGAAUGGACGACUCCUCGUCGUCUGGUCGAAAGGAUCGGUGCAUUCGUUCGUGGCAUGCARGUGGCCGAGGUUUCGCCUGGCGAUCGCGCGGGUGGUUCGCAGGUUCGAGAGGUGCGUGGGUCAUAUGAGACAACUCGCCGGGACCGRCCUGCUCCUGCACAACUGCAGACGGAGUUGAGCCAGGAACGAGAAGCAAGUGGGAAUGUCGCCGGUGAGGACGAGGUGUUCGAACAGGGGGUGUUCCGUGAGAGAUCGCCUGAAAAGACUCAGUCGGGGGGCAAGCACAACUUGGCAGAUGAGGAAGAGCGAGAGGGAGUAGGUGCUCUGAAAAGGCAGAGAAAGGAAGGAGGGAGUGCUCGGACGCCAACAACACGAGAGGGCGGUUCCGUUGAGAAGAGGAAAAGGGUUGGAGGUGGGGGUGAAACGUCAAAAGACUCAUCGACACGGCGAAGAACCGGUGAGUCUUCCGGGAAACGGUCGAAAUCAGCGAGGGAGAAGAAAGCAGAUGAGGGCGACGACGGGGAGGGGGAUGACGACGUGGAGAUUAACCUCAACAAUGCGUUCUUCCUCGAGAUGAAGACAGGGGUGCAGAGGGACGUCGUGUUGCAGAUCCAUCCCGAAAGAAUAUUGGUUAUUCCAGACUGGGAAGACGAGUACAACCACCGAUCCUUGGACGGGUUCCUCGUUGAUACCAUCGCGUCGGCUAUGAUCGACUGCUACGAACGUAAAGACAUGAGAUACACGAAGCCCAUUUUCGUUCUCGCUCACAUCGUCGCGCCUCCAKAGAGGGGCGAGCCUGCUGUGCGCGUGCUGCCUGGUGACUUCGACAUCUCACAGCCCGAGAAAUACUUGUAUUAUCCUGUGUGUGGACAGCAUAACGCGAGGGCGGCGAUGAAGGUGAAAGACCACCCCGUGUUCGAGUAUUACAACUUCUGUAAAUGGCCGUUCAGAGCGAUCUACUUCCCUGACAACGAGUUUGACGGCUACGCCCAUGUCAGCUGCGAAGACAACAUGAAAGACAAGAAGAAUCCACCGCGCUUGCAGGUUUUGUCUAUGCGGGACAUUCGCAAUAUCUGAAAAAUAAAGUGCAAACCGCGUG